AUGGCGUUUCAACGACAGUAUGGGUUCGACGACGACCGACGCCGCUCGGGGCUCGGGGGCUACGAAUCAUAUAGGCCAGGAGACGCGAGGGGGCGUGACCGUGACCGUGACCGCGACCGCGACCGCGACCGCAGCCGUGAGAGGGAUAGGGCGCCGGUCCGUCGUGACAGCGACCGUGGAUUGAGCUCGACCUCUCCAACCCGCAGCGAACACAGGCAGGACAGGCCGACAGAUCGAGGGCGGGAGGCUGAUAGUAGGACCAAGGGCCUGUCACUCAAUACCGACCCGGCUGUACUCAACGCGCCAACUGGGCCACGCGCCUCGGCAUCUUCUGCGAGAAGUCCUCCCACCGGCCCUCGCAACCCGUCCAUCUCCUCCCGUGUCGCGCCCUCAGGCCCGACAUUGGCAAAAUCAGCAGUCCCAUCCGCACCCGCUUCCUCUGCGAUACCAAGCCCGAUUGUAGCUUCAGUCAUUCCCAAGACGAGAGACCCCAGCCUUCAGCCCGUAUUUGAUGUGCUCUUCCGAUUCAGCGAAGACCUGUAUUGGCGUUGCGCAUUCGGGCCAGAGAGAAAGAGGAGGGCAAAGGAGAGGGAGGCUAGAGAUGCUCAAUUCAAGAAGUCGCAGGCGAGGUCUGGCGACUUCCCGCAGGUGCUUGAGAUUUAUCAGCGAACCAAGGAGAAGGAUGACCUGGUCAUCAAUGAGCUGGAGACAAAAUGGCGGACGAAUGAGAAGUCCUUCUUCAAAGAUUUAGAGGGUGUAGCGGCGGAAAUCGUCAGCAACAAGAAAAGUGAAAUGCCAACACCGCCGACCGCCGCACCAGCGGCUCCUGACCAUGCCCCUGCUAUCCAGUCUCUUGAAGAGAGAUUCACAGUCUUCCAGAAGAAUUUUCAGAAGGAUAUGACCGAAGCUCGCCACAAAAUCCAGCAGCUGGAAGCCGACAAGAAAGAGUCGGGCGAGAAGAUCAAUGUUCUCCAAGUCCGUUGCAAGGAAUCCGAGGACAGAGUCAAGUCGCUAGAGCUUUUCAUCAACGGGCUUCCCGACCAGAAUCUUGAAAGGAAAUGUCGAGAAAAUGAGACCGCUAGUCUGCGAAAAGACCUGGACGCUGUAUGCGAACAGGCUUCCACCGUCAAAGCACAGCUAGCCUCUGCCAUGUCGAGUGUUAACCAGCUGAAAGAGUCCAAGGCCACCUCUGCCGACAUGGCCAAGACUGCUGCACAGCUGAAGGAGCUCGAAGGGCAAGUUCGUCAGCAUCAAGACACAAUACGCAAGGUUGAUCCUCUACAGCGGAGUAUUGACAAACUCCAGAAAUCAAAGGUGGCUCCCGAAGGACUAGCCAAGUCCACGUCUGCCUCGAAAGAAGUUCAGGAUCAACUCCGCCAACACGGCGACAGCAUUCGUAAAAUUGAGCGUCGCCAAGACAAGUCGAAGGAGCUUGCCACGUCGCUAGAGGGGCUGGAGUCCAAGAUGUUAACAAUACAAAGUGCCGUCUCCAGUAUCCAAAAGCGAACUGAGAACAUAGAUUCCGAGGACUUCAAUUCCCUCAUCAACAACUGGGUCUCACUGGAGGUGCCAGAGAAAAUUGAGAGGUAUGACCGGCAGUUCCUGGAGGUGACGGCGGAUGUUCGAUCCAUCAAAGAAUCUGGAUCCCGUGCCGAACCAGCUGUACAUCCUGCAAUUGAAGUGCACGGUGCCAAGUUACAAGGCCUCGAGGCUGAUGUGCAACGUGCGCAACAAGAGUCAGAAAACCUCAAGACCGAGGUUCAACGAGCACAUCAAGAGUCAGAAAACCUCAAGACCGAGGUUCAACGAGCGCAUCAAGAGUCGCAAAAUCUGAAGGCCGCCGUGCAGCAAAUUGAUCAGAAACUAGCGAGUGCACAGCAGAGGAUGUCCGAAAUCGAGCCGAGUGUUAUUGAAACAGUUGAGAAGACCGUGGAAGCCAUGACCGACGCCAUUGGCGAGACUAUGGAUCAGCACGAAGCUCGUAUCAAAACACUUGAGGCAAAGCCUGUGCAAGCAAGAACGCCGGCCCCUACUCCUCAGCUCGACUCUCGUGCUAGUCCCGCGACCGGCGACCUGAAUUUGGCCGCCCGGAUCAAAGUAAUGGAAGAUGGAACGGUGGCACAAGCCAACCAGCUCAGGGAGCUAUCGGACAGUCUCACUCAAUUGUCAGCCAGGUUGGAGGACGCGGCCGGAUCUCAUGAUGCCGACGCCAGUGCCAUCAAGGCCAGUAUUCAGAAAGUCUACACCGCCUGCGACGAAACGCGCACCAGGACCCAACAGGCACUGGAGUCUCAAGAGUUCGCAAUUCAAGGCUUGAAUACUCAGCUGAAUAAUAUCAAUACACAGGCCAUGUGUGUCGAGAUGGCCAAACAUAUUGAGGCAUACUGUACACGUCUAGGCCCACGCAUAGACAGCCUAUACGUGUACUACGAAAACUACAGGCAAAGGUUAGAUGCCUUUCAGAAUGUCUUAGAGCAGCUCAGUCGUGGAUCGCAGCAGAAGCGCUCGGCGACGCCGCAAAGAAAUACGGGUGAGCCUAGCAAGAAGCGGAAGCUAGAUACUAAUGGUGUCAAUACCGCUCCGGUCGAACCGGCUCAAAUAUUGGAAAAAUCGGAAACCCAUGCACAUAUUCUAUUGCCAACAUACGACGGGCGAAGAGGCGAGACUAGACGAUGA